AUGAGUAGCUGGGGAGACGAGGAGAUCCGCGAGCUACUCAGCCUCAGCAAAGAGGACGCCAAAAAUGUUUAUGGCAUCCCUGAGCCCGAGGCAGAGGAGCUAGCAGACCCCUUGCCGUCUCGCAUCAACCUAUUUAACAUCAGAGUAGACCCUGGUCUACCUUGUUUUCAUGUAUGUUCAUCAGGUAACAGCACUUCUUCUGUGGCUCGGUUGUCUGGACUACAACUGGCCGUCAGUCACUUACAGACAGUGUCCCUGGUCAUCUACUGUAUGAUAUUUGUGGUUGGGACUGUUGGUAAUGGUCUGGUCAUCUACGUAACAGGCUUCAGAAUGAAGAGAACAGUCAACUCCGUGUGGUUUCUCAACUUGGCUCUGGCUGACUUCCUCUUCAUGACCUUCCUGAUUUUCUCAAUCAUAUCUCUCUCCCAGAAGCAUCAAUGGCCGUUUGGACGGCUCAUGUGCAAGCUUAACAACUUUGUCAGCCUGGUCAACAUGUUUGCCAGCGUCUUUCUUCUGACAGCAAUAAGUCUGGAUCGUUGCUUCUCCGUCUGGGUGGUGGUGUGGGCACAAAAUAAACGCACCGUCCGCAAGGCUCAGAUAAUAAGUGCUGUAAUCUGGGUGGUUGCUGGGAUCUGCAGCAUCCCGAAUGUCACUUUUCGCACCCUUAUGGAGAGAAAUAACAUGACGUUUUGUGUUUAUCCUGGAACAAUGACAAAUGAACAAAAAUGGAGCCUCAUUAAUUUCCGCUUUGUCAUGGGGUUCCUCAUCCCAUUCCUGGUCAUUCUCUUUUCCUAUGUGGCCAUAGGCGUCCGUGCCAGCCGCCUGCAUCUGACAAGGCAACGGAGAUCUCGUCGAGUAAUUUUCUCUAUAAUUUUUGCAUUUUUCAUUUGUUGGUUGCCCUUUCAUGUUUUCAGUUUCAUAGAACUGAAGAUGCGAGCUAACCCAGGUCUCAGAAACAUUGUUCGCAUCGGAUCUCCUCUAAGUUUGAGCCUGGCUUACAUGAACAGCUGUCUGAACCCCAUUCUCUAUGUCUUCAUGUGUAACGAGUUUCAGAAGAAGCUUCGACGGUCAGUAUGUUUUGUUUUAGAGAGUGCCCUGGCAGAGGACCAUCUGUCAUUUGUGUCUCGAACCUUGUCUUCCAACGUUUCACCUUUUUCUCGAAAGUUCAGUUCAGUUUCUGCUCCUCCUUUGGUUGAGAUCACCAGCAACAUGCACCAGCUGAUCGGAAUCCGGAGGAGGAAAACUCUUCAGCCGUCGCCGUGCCUGAAGCGCCGCUCUUCCGGGCCCCCACGGCCGCCCGGUGAGCCGGUCAAGCUCCGUAUCCUCUGUGAUCCACAUCCGUCCGGUUCACCUCUCCUGAACAUCCUGGAUCGUCGGCGCAGGUCUCCGACUCCUCCUGUGUUCCCCGCCAUUGACCCGACAGCGCAGGUUGCGGAAUCCGCCCCCCCCCGGGGGGUGCCGCGCAGCGAGACCGAGCCGCCCCGGUGUCCCGCCAAGAGCCCGCCGACCUCCCACGUCGGCUGCCGCUCCGGCGGCGGUUUAUUCCUCCGGAACGCACGUGUUCUCCAACCCUUUUUCUUUUCUCUCAGCCACCUGCGGAGCUGCUGUCAACGCUGGCUCCAGCGAAACACACCCAGAAACGAGUGGUCCUUCCCGUCCGGUUCAUCUCUCAUCAACAUCCUGGAUCGCGGCAGCCCGCCCGCAGGUGCGUUCCCCGUCCCCCGGCCCGCCUCCGUCAUCGGCGGGGACGCGGGCAAUCCCAGGCUGCGCAAUCCGCUGGCGGUCUAG